CCUCGCGGCCCCGCCCCCUUCCCUGCCUACGGUGGUCAGCGGCUGCAGAGUCUCAGGAGACUAUGGAGGUGCCUCAGCCGGUGGCCACACAACAGGGAGAAGAGGCAUCCUGCUCCUCUUGGGGGCCCGGCAGUGUGAAUACAAAUUUGCCCAUCAUGCCAACAGAAUCUGUGGAGAUCGAUGAUGCAUUAUACAGUCGACAGAGGUAUGUUCUUGGAGACACAGCAAUGCAGAAGAUGGCCAGGUCCCAUGUUUUCUUAAGUGGUAUGGGCGGUCUCGGUUUGGAAAUUGCAAAGAAUCUUGUUCUUGCAGGACUUAAGGCACUUACAAUUCAUGAUACAGAAAAAUGCCAAGCAUGGGAUCUAGGAACAAACUUCUUUCUCUGUGAAGAUGAUGUUGUUAAUUCAAGAAACAGGGCCGAAGCUGUACUUCAGCAUAUUGCAGAAUUAAAUCCAUAUGUUCAUGUCACAUCAUCUUCUGUUCCUUUAAAUGAAAGCACAGAUCUCUCCUUCUUAGAUAAAUACCAGUGUGUAGUAUUGACCGAGAUCAAACUUCCCUUGCGGAAGAAGAUCAAUGACUUUUGCCGUUCUCAGUGCCCUCCAAUUAAGUUCAUCUGUGCAGAUGUACAUGGAGUUUGGUCACGGUUGUUUUGUGAUUUUGGUGAUGAAUUUGAAGUUCUAGAUACAACAGGAGAAGAACCAAAAGAAAUUUUCAUUUCAAAUAUAACGCAAGCUAACCCUGGCAUUGUCACUUGCCUUGAAAAUCAUCCUCACAAACUUGAAACAGGACAAUUCCUAACAUUUCGAGAAAUUAAUGGAAUGACAGGCUUAAAUGGAUCUACACAACAAAUAACUGUGAUAUCACCAUUUUCUUUUAGCAUUGGUGAUACUACAGGGCUGGAACCUUAUUUACAUGGAGGCAUCGCUGUUCAAGUUAAGACUCCUAAAACAUUUUGCUUUGAACCAUUAGAGAAGCAGAUAAAACAUCCAAAGUGCCUUAUUGCGGAUUUUAGCAAACCUGAGGCAUCUUUAGAGAUUCACUCAGCCAUGCUUGCUUUGGACCAGUUUCAGGAGAACUAUAGUCGCAAGCCAAAUAUUGGGUGCCAACAAGAUUCAAAGGAGCUUCUGAAAUUAGCAACGUCUAUAUGUGAAACCUUGGAAGAGAAGCCUGAGGUAAAUAAUGACAUUGUGCGUUGGCUUUCUUGGACUGCCCAGGGCUUUUUGCCCCCACUUGCUGCAACAGUAGGAGGUCUUGCCAGCCAAGAAGUAUUGAAAGCUGUGACAGGAAAGUUCUCUCCUUUGUGCCAGUGGUUGUACAUUGAAGCAGCAGAUAUUGUCGAAUCCCUAGACAAACCUGAACGUGAAGAAUUUCUCCCACGAGGAGAUAGAUAUGAUGCCUUAAGAGCCUGCAUUGGAGACACUUUGUGUCAGAAGCUACAAAAUCUAAAUAUCUUUCUAGUAGGGUGUGGAGCCAUAGGCUGUGAAAUGUUAAAAAAUUUUGCUUUGCUUGGUGUUGGCACAGGCAAAGAGAAGGGAAUGGUUACAGUAACAGAUCCUGACUUGAUAGAAAAAUCUAACUUGAAUAGACAGUUCCUCUUUCGUCCUCAUCACAUACAGAAACCUAAAAGCUAUACUGCAGCUGAUGCAACCCUGAAAAUAAAUCCUCAAUUAAAGAUAGAUGCACACUUGAACAAAGUAUGUUCAGCCACUGAGGCCAUUUACAAUGAUGAGUUCUAUACUAAGCAGGAUAUAAUUAUUACAGCGUUAGAUAAUGUGGAAGCCAGGAGAUAUGUAGACAGCCGUUGCUUAGCAAAUCUGCGGCCUCUCUUAGAUUCUGGAACAAUGGGCACUAAGGGACACACUGAAGUUAUUGUACCUCAUUUAACUGAAUCCUAUAAUAGUCAUCGAGAUCCCCCAGAGGAGGAAAUACCAUUUUGUACCUUAAAGUCCUUUCCAGCUGCUAUCGAACACACCAUACAAUGGGCAAGAGAUAAGUUUGAAAGUUCCUUUUCAUACAAGCCUUCGUUGUUUAACAAAUUUUGGCAAACCUAUUCAUCUGCAGAAGAAGUCUUACAGAAAAUACAAACUGGACAUAGUUUAGAAGGCUGUUUUCAAGUUAUUAAGUUACUUAGCAGAAGACCUCGAAAUUGGACCCAGUGUGUAGAAUUAGCAAGAUUAAAGUUUGAAAAAUAUUUUAAUCAUAAGGCUCUUCAGCUUCUUCACUGUUUCCCUCUGGACACACGAUUAAAAGAUGGCAGUUUGUUUUGGCAGUCACCAAAGAGGCCCCCCUCUCCAUUAAAAUUUGAUCUAAAUGAACCUUUGCACUUGAGUUUCCUUCUGAAUGCUGCAAAAUUAUAUGCUACAGUCUAUUGCAUUCCAUAUACAGAAGAGGACUUAUCGGCAGACACCCUGUUGAAUAUUCUUUCUGAAGUAAAGAUUCAGGAAUUCAAACCUUCCAACAAGGUUGUUCAAACAGAUGAAACUGCAAGGAAACCAGACCAUGUUCCUAUUAGCAGUGAAGACGAGAGGAAUGCUAUUUUCCAACUGGAAAAGGCUGUUUCAUCUAAUGAAGCUACUGCAAGUGACCUUCAGAUGGCAGUGCUUUCAUUUGAAAAAGAUGAUGAUCGUAAUGGACACAUAGAUUUCAUCACAGCUGCAUCAAAUCUUCGUGCCAAAAUGUAUAGCAUUGAACCAGCUGACCGUUUGAAAACAAAGCGCAUAGCAGGUAGAAUUAUACCUGCUAUAGCAACAUCCACUGCUGCAGUUUCUGGCUUGGUUGCAUUGGAAAUGAUCAAAGUAGCUGGUGACUAUCCAUUUGAAGCAUAUAAAAAUUGUUUCCUUAAUCUAGCCAUUCCAAUUAUAGUGUUUACAGAGACAUCUGAAGUAAGAAAAACUGAAAUCAGAAAUGGAAUAUCAUUUACAAUUUGGGACAGAUGGACUAUACAUGGAAAAGAAGAUUUCACCCUCUUGGAUUUCAUAAAUGCAGUCAAAGAGAAGUAUGGAAUUGAGCCAACAAUGGUGGUACAGGGAGUCAAAAUGCUUUAUGUUCCUGUAAUGCCUGGUCAUGCAAAAAGAUUGAAGUUAACAAUGCAUAAACUUGUGAAACCUUCUACUGAAAAGAAAUAUGUGGAUCUUACUGUGUCGUUUGCUCCAGAUACUGAUGGUGAUGAAGAUUUACCUGGACCUCCAGUAAGAUACUACUUUAGUCAUGACACUGAUUAACAGAAGUUGUCUUAAAUUUAGGAUUACUUAAUGUUGGAAAGAAUGCACUUCAUUCAGGAGCUAAAAAAGUCAGUUUGUAAUGGUAUGGAUUUCUCUUUGAUGAAGCCUUAAUUUAAGGGAAACAUCAGUAGAAAACCACAGUGAAGAAUUAUAAAGCAUGUUGAAGCAUACUAUACACUUGUGUAGUGCAUCAUAUGUGGAUGUGAUCACAAGCAACUUUGAACUGGAAUGCCAUUUUUUAAUGCUUACAAAAAUAUUUGUGUAUUAACCUCUUUGGACGAAAAAAAGGAAAAAUAGCUAUCCAAGACCAGAAGAGAUAAAAGAUCAAGAAACUGAAAGUAACAAAUGGAGCUAUCCAAAAGGUUUCAUCCUGUUUUAUGAAUUUCUCUUUGUUUAGUAUUUGAGGCCCGUGUUUCUAUACAGAUAGUGUUUGGCUCCCUGUACCCUUCAUGGUGAGGCUUUGACUUUAACACCAGUGGGUAGAGGAGGGGUGGUAGAAGUGGAUGAAUAGUAGACAUUUGAAAUGUACAGUUACAGAUUACUGUCCUGUUACCUCUGAUGAGUUAACCAGAGUUUCUAUCACUGCCUCCUCAGAAUCAGGAUCUUUGUUGAACACAUCAAAUGACAGGUGUUAACCAGAACUAAAUGUUAACAUAUUUUUUGGACUCUGAUAGGCCUCUUAGAGAAUCCGUGAAUGUGAACACAUAAACACGGCUAGUCAUUUAAUUCUUCAGUAUGCCUUCUGAUGUGGUCAUUUUAUUUAUUUGGAACUCUAAACCUGAUUGUCAUAGCAUAUAAGACUAAAAGACUUUGUAAAGGGAGUUGUCCUUAGAAGUAGAUGAAAAAUAGAAAUUAAAAAAUUAUCACUAGUUGAGUCUUGAUUUUUUUCUUCCAGCAACCUAAUGGACAGAAAAAAAAACUAAUAUUUUAUUUUAAAAGGAAAUGUAUUAAUUUAAUUCUACAUUCCCAGAAAGGGAAUUGAUGAAGAUAAAAUUUUAUUUUUUUAGGUCUUUGUGAUAGAAACUUUCUGUUUUCUGAAAUGAGCUAUUGCAGAUGUUCAUAGAAAUGCUUUCAUUAAGAUGACAUAAAGUGUGCUCAGCACUGUCAACUUAGUGAAAACACCAAGUAUUUAUUCUUUUUCUAAGGCUAUCAUGCAUUCUAAAGCAAUUUUAUAACUGCAAAGUCAUUUCCCUUUAGCUGCUUGUCUUCUGUUCAGACCAUGAAUAGGUACUUCAAUAAAUUAAAAACUAGAUUCACAUUAGUAUUACUCCAAUUUGAUAUCUUUUUAUAUUCUCUACUUAACUUUUAUUCCACUUAUGAAUAGUUUAAAUUACUUAGCCAACUGUAUUGUUUCAUUCUUUUGUAAAACUAUCAUCUAAUUGGGAAAAUAAUUUAGGAGUGAAGGGUGAAUUUGUAUGAUUAAUUGAUAACCUGUGGAGUUCUCUUGUGAUGCAGCAGGUUAGGAAUCUUGUGUUGUCAUUGCAGCAAUUUGGGUCGCUGGUGUGGCACGGGUUUGAUCCCUGGCCCAGGAACUUCUGCAUGCUGAAAGUGCAGCCGAGAAAGAAAAAUAAUAAUAAAUAAAUAAAGGGUAAUCUGUGCAUUUGGAAAUGAGGAUAAGUGAACAGGAUGCAUUUAAAGAAAUUGGCUGCCUUCAAAAUAAUUAAUUUUGAUUCAUCAAUCAUACCCACUCCCAUCAUGUAUAUUGCAAGUAUAAUGCUUAAAACUAAUAUUACUUAAAAAUAAAUCCAGGAAUAUCAAAACUCUGUGGCUUAGAGCUUUAGAGACUAGCAAUAAGACUUUUCUAUAAGAAUCCUGUUUGCCACUUUUCUGUUUUGUACUCUGAUAGUAACUCAUAUUUUCCAGGUAGGCAUUCAGUAAUUCUCUAGUUGUGAUCUGAGAGCUUACUUAUAUUUGGUCUAAAUCUCCACAUCUCUUUAGAAAUAAAUUUAGAACAGAACCAAGUUAUCAAUUCUUAUUCAGUGCUUUUAGCAGAUAUCAACAAAAUCAACAAAGCUUAAGUUCAUUUUGUGAUGAAGGCUGAAACCAUAUUCUCAUAGCUUUUUUUUCCUAUAGGUAAUAUUUAUUGCCAUUAAUUUCUUCUUUUUAGUUCUACUAACCUGGAAAGCCAGUGUGAAUUUAGUGAUGGUUUUUUUCAUUAUCUAUUUUGUUUAUUUCUGUACCAUGAGAUCACUGCUGGUAAUUGAAAUAUCAGGUGCAAAAAUGAAUGAUUUGAUUUUGUACAGUACCAAUGAGUAAUUUUUUACCUAUUAAAAAUAAAUUAAGAAAUUUGA